AUGUUAUUGGCCAUAUACCCUAAAAUCACUCGCCUACAUCAUCCAACUUGGUAUUCUCAGUUUAUGGGGUUUAUUAACUCUCAACUUACUAACAGUAUCAAUAAGUUAGACUUGGAAGACUUUCAUCCUUUACGCUUCUCUCAAAAAUUUGCCUGGUCUCGACUACAACAACAACGACUUCAAGAAAACGACUCUUCUUCAACUUCACCAUUAUGCUCGGAUAAUGACGUUAUUUCGAACACCUUCAACGAACUUGUUUCUUAUAUUAUUCGAGACUUUAUUCAAUCUUGGUUCAACAAUGUAUCUCCACCUAACGAACAAUCCUUCCCUCUUUCUGUUGAUCAUAUCAUUCGGUCAGCUGCUUUUGCUUUGAAACGCCGUCUGGAACAAGUAGAUACCAUGUCAGUUUUACUCAAUCGUCUUGUUCCUCGUAUCACUGCCCAUAUCUCGGAAUUCCGUGCUGCUGAGGUCGCUCUUCGUGGACGCUUCUUGGAACGUUCUGUUACUGAAUCUGAUGAACUUGACUUGUUACUGGCUUCCCAUUAUAGUGGUGGUAAACUUCAUCCUGCUCUGACCACCUCUGCUGCUACGACAAAACCUACCGAAGUUGCUUAUCUACGUCAAGUGGUCGAUCGUAUCUUACCAAAAUUAUUGGAUGCUGAUCAAGUCAAUUGUGCUCCUGUCCGUGUUAUUGUUCGUGAAAUCACCACCUGUGCAUUGCUUCAACCUAUUAUGAAUAUGCUGGCUGAUCCUGAUUUUUGGAAUCAAACGAUCGAUACUCAGUUAGGAAUGGCUCUUCGUGAACAGAAAAUGGUACGACAGUUACGUGAAGUAUUGGAUCGACAUUCUAAUGAUAUGGAUACUUUAAAUGAAUAUAUCGAAUCUGACUCGAGCAAUCUAUUGAACCCAACAACACCAUCUUCUUCUUCCAGCAAACAAUAUCGCAAGAUGGGUCCUAUUAGUCAAUUUUCUUCAGCAUUUUUGGGAAUGGAUAUCGAUGAUGAUGUGGCAUGGGAUGAUCAAGACUUUGAUCCGGAAAAAACGACAAAACGACAAAACUUUGGAAGUUCAAGGAUGGGACGCCGCACUUUCCAGGAAUUCUUGAAAAGGAUUGAAGAAGAAAAGAAUUUGUUGGAUCUCAAACGACUUCGUAAUGAUGUAGUGACACAAAUCCGGAAAAAGAAGGCUCUGAUAUUGGACCGUGAUCCUGAAGAAGUGAUCGAUGGCGAAAAGGUGGAAGAUCUUAUAGUAUAUGUUAAUCGACUAUCUGUGGCAAAGAAAAGAGUGGAUAAACGAAUAGCAACAUUAUCUGGCGAACACGUGGAUUUUAAAACAUCGGCAUCACAGUUUUUUGGUGUUCGAAGGCAACGUCCUAAACAAAUAUCACUUAGUUCUGGUUUUACUCUUCAAGACAUUUUGACCAAUACUGCUGGCUUAUCUUACUUUAUGGAAUUUAUGGAUCGACGAGGCGAUAUGGUGAAACUUCAAUUUUGGCUUAUUGUGGAAGGAUUCAAAAGCUCUGAUGAUGAUGAAACUAGACAGGAUGAUCAAACAUUUUUACAAGAUGUCAAAAUGGUAUACGAUAUGUAUUUUGCUGCUACUUCACCACACCGGCUUUCGAUCACCGAUCAUUUGGAAAAGGAUCUUCUACAAUCAAUUCAAUAUGCUCAACAGAUCAUGCGUGAUGGAGGAACCAAUAAUCUUCAAUACAGUCAGGCUAUCAAAGAUAUGCGACAACAAUUAUAUCGAAUUCAACAACAUUUAUUAUGGCAAUUGGAAAAGGAACACUUUCCUUAUUUCAAGCGAUCUGAUCUCUAUUUUAAAUUUUUGGCAUCUACACCAACUCCUGAAACUGUGGUACCUGGGCGACGUAGUUUAGACGAUACGACUCUAUACCGGCGCUCUUGCUCGGAAUCGAAUCAAAAGGCAGAUUCUGACACUGAAAUCAGUACCAGAGAGAAAAAACGGCCCUCUAUCUCUAUUUCAGCCAGUGAUGGUCAAGAUAAUUCUAUGAGUCCCUCUCAUUCCUCAAAAUCAUCAUCAUUACAGCAAAUAGGUCAUUCAAGAACUUUAUCAGAUAACAUCAUCUCACCUGUGACGGAUCGCAGUGGCACAUCAAAGUUCCUCUCUUUUGGACGCGUUUUUGAUUCUGCAAAUGAAUGGUGGCGAGCUACAGAUUUUGGAAAUUCAACACAUCAACAGCAACAACAAACACAACAAAGCAGAACAACGACUGGAAGUAUCAAACGAAACUCUGUCCAUGGUUCUCUCAAAUCGACAGAUACUGAAUAUCCAGAUACAGAUGAGGAAUUAUCUCACUCAGUCACCACUUUGGAUGAAGAUCAACAUGGAACUCCACCUCCCUCUGAGCAACCACGUCAACUCAUACGACGAAACACAGUGGACGCCGUAGAAGCCGAAUUACAAUCCAUUAUUGAUGGCAAGGAGAAUAAUGGUAACAAUACCAAGGAAUCAUGUUCGCCAAUAACAACUUCUCCAAUAUCUGCAACAUUACGACCUCGAUCAUCAUCAGGAAGCGCUUCACUUCGUCGAUCUCCAAAUGUAUUUAUAGGGGGUAGCAGUGUAGAUAUCAAGUCAUCGACAGCAGAUCCUGUUCAAGUGGCCAAUCCUACUACUUCUUGGGAGUCUUCAAGAGAAAACAAGCCAAUUUCCCAAAUGAUCCAGGACCAGCUUGAAAAUACAACGACAUCAUAUCGUACAACUGCAAACAAGAGCAAUAAACAGAAGAUAGCGACAAUCACGGAAACUGAUAAUACUAUCACUAAUGUUCACCUGGCUCCUCCUGGAGAUUUGAUGCUGGCCGACAAGGUACACAAACUCUCUGAUGAAAUGGAGAAACUGAUUCAACAAGAAGCUAUAGUGGAUGUAUUGAUCAAGAAAGCUGAAGCGAAAGACAAGAUUGAAGAACUGCGGAUCCUUCUCAAAAGCAAGAAUAUGUUUAGGCGGGAAUUGGAACAAAUGCAAUAUCAAAAGAACCAGUACGAAUUGCAAGAAUCUGAAAAUGUACUCACUCCGGAUCGAACAAGAGUGAGUAUUACAAGCUCGACGAUUGGAUCAGAUCAACACGGUGAUUUUGCGCUUUAUGUGAUUGAAAUUCAACAAAUUGGUUUUGAUGGCAACUAUGCAUCUGGAUGGAUAGUAGCAAGACGAUACAGUGAAUUCUUUGGAUUACACCAAACUUUGAAAGCUACAUAUCCUAGUGUCAAAAUGAUUGAUUUUCCUUCAAAGUGGCCUCUCUUGAAACUUCAGAAAUCUUUUGUAGAAGCAAGACGGAUCAACUUGGAACGGUAUUUGAGACGAUUAUUAGCGCAACCUGAUAUAUGUCAAAGUGAAGCACUUCGGGUGUUUUUGUCACAACAAAAUAUUUAUGUCCCAGGACCUCGACAACCAUCUCCAUCGAACUCAUUUUAUCAAGAAGCAGUCAUCUCCCCAUUUGGAUUUUUACCGUUCAUACCCUCAGCAUUCUAUGGUUCAGAUCAAUCAACAUCAUCAGUCAUACCUCAAACAUCAUCCAGUUCUUCAUCUGUUGCUUCCAACACUUCCCCAACGGGUUAUCAUCCUUAUCAAAGAUCCUCUAGUGAGAAAAUGAUACACUCGUUACCUAAUGAUCUAAGCCGGAGCAGCAAUCUUAACGACAAAAAAUCAAAAGGAUUUAUGCGUCAUAUCUACAAUACGGUGGCUGCAGGGAUCGACGAUAUGUUUGUCACACCAUCCAUGUUGGAUCUGAUUACUCAACGACUAGGUGAACAAGUGAUGGGAUUCUCUAAUGAUGACAAUGAUAUGGUGAUACAGGAACAACAACAGCAGCAACAACAACAUAUAUUGACAGCAGGAUCAUCAUCACCAUCAACACCUCCAAGCUCCUCUGGGUCAACAUCUCGAUAUUAUAAAAAGUCAACAGUCGUGGAUGAGGAAGUGUCAUCAAGUGAUCUGAUGGAUGACACUAUGCAAACAACUGCGGCAGGAACUGCUUUAGGAUCCGAACUAAAACCAGUAGAUGUAGAAGGCAUGACUAGAUUCACGGAACCAUUAUGUGAUCUAUUUAUUGAAAUGUUUGAACUCAAGGAAAAGAAUAAUUGGUUACGACGACAAGCUGUGGUGAUCAUUCUUCAACAAAUUCUUGGUGGAACUAUUGAAAGAAAACUACGGGACACAAUCAAAUAUCUAGAAACCGAAUCUAUGGUAGUAUUUUAUUUCCGGAAAAUCAUGGAUAGUCUUUGGCCUAAUGGAUCAAAAUUGACUUUCAAGCCAGCAAGAAAACCGGAAGAAAAACAACAAACAAAAGAAGAAGCAAAUCGGAAACUCUCAACAUGGUUACCAGAUCUACUUGGGAAUAUGGUGGGAAGACAAAACGCUAGGAAAGGGGCAAGACGGCUUUUCAGUGUUUUACAAAAUCAACGUUUGAAUCAACACUUGGUAUAUAUCCUCCUUGAUGAAAUUGUCUUGGCACUCUUUCCCGAUCUAGAUGCCAUGCGAUCGACCACUUCUGGACAUUUAGUAUAA